AUGGAAGAUAUUUCGGCUUCUUUUCGUAUUUACGCCUUCCCGUUUGAAUUUCAGCACAUCACUUACAAAGUCAUCAAGAGAGUCAUCUUGGCCACGUGGAUGUUGGCGCUGGUGUUAGUCUGUCUACCUCUGAUGGGUUUCGGCCUGUAUUACGACGGCCAGGCCACCGACGGGAGACCCGUCUGCGUCAGAUACAGAUUCGCCAGGUCGGCCAAAGACGUGGCCUACGCCUACCUGAUGCUGGGCUUCGGCCUGUCCCUGUGCCUGAUCAUGGCGGGAUGCAACUUGGCCGUGGUCAGAGUUCUGUGUCGAAUCGGCGCCAAGAAGUGGGAGGCGGGUGCCGGCCGCACCGUCGUUCGCAAGGAGAGCAACGAACUGGCCUUCGACCACGUCACGGCCGAAGAAGUGGCCUUCGCCAAGUUGAUGAUCGUCUUCUGCAUCUUCUUCGUCGUCUGUUGGCUGCCCCAAAUGUGCGGUGUAAUAGCUUUCAGAUUCGUCUCCGAUGAUCACCGUAAAGAAGAUAACAACUUGGCAGUGGUAGUUUAUAGCAACACUAAACGAGUAAUUCGUGAUUAA